ACAAACAAACUGAUACAAUACAGAUACAGAUACAGAAUGACAUCUACUACAUCGACUACUUCUACUACAUCGACUGCAGCAGUGGCAGAGGCACCUGUGUCGAGCAAUGAAGAUGUUGGUCAACUUAGAAUAUUAGAGUUCUUUAGUGGAAUGGGUGGAAUGUACUACUCUGCACAGCUAUCAGGUGUACCAUUCAAAGUUGUACAAUCAUUCGAUAUCAAUACCAAUGCCAAUCAAGUAUACAAUCACAAUAUAACAUCAAAGACUGCCAAUAAAAGUAUCGAUUCUCUCACUGCCAAGGAAUUGGAAGCAUUAAAUGCCAAUGCAUGGUUGAUGAGUCCUCCAUGUCAACCAUUCACUAGAGUUGGAUUACAGAAGGAUCUUGCGGAUAAUAGGACAAACAGCUUUGUUAACUUACUUGAUAUAUUGGCACAAUUACAACAACCUCCACAAUACAUACUGAUUGAGAAUGUCUUUGGCUUUGAGAAAUCAAAUGCCAGACAGAUGUUGGUUGAGAAGUUCCAGUCAUUGAACUACUCCUUCCAGGAGUUCCAUCUAACUCCAACUCAAUUUGGUAUACCAAAUCAACGUCUAAGAUACUUUUGUAUCGUAAGUCAUUCAUCCAAGUUGGAGGUUAGGGAAUUGUCAGAGUAUUUGGAUGAGGAUUCGGAAACGGAACAACAUUACGCCAAGCAUAGAGUGCCAGAGAAGUUGUUGUUGACUCCAAAGAGCAUGCAAUUCGAUAUCAAGACCAAGGUUGACAAGACUACCAACUGCUUCACAAGAGCCUACAACAAAUUCGUUGAGGGCACUGGAAGUAUAUUACAGAUGGACACCAACUUCAAACCAGACAUCAACAAUCCACAAUCACUAUUGCCAAUGAAGUUGAGAUACCUAUCACCCAAGGAGAUAACAAGACUACACUGCUUCCCUGAGGAGUUCGCAUUCCCACCGACCUACACAUUGACACAGAGUUACCGAUUGAUUGGCAACAGUCUGAACUGUAAGAUAGUGUCCGAACUGUUAAAGUAUCUAUUCUAUAGGUAUGAAGAAUCA